AUGAGUGGAUCUAAUGGGAAUGAAUUGAAGGAAUCUGAUGAGGAAGAAGGUAGCUACCAACUUCGGCAGAUUCACUUUACUGGAGGCAAUAAUGCAGGACACACAGUCGUUGUGGAUUCUGUGGAAUAUGACUUCCAUCUUCUGCCAAGUGGGAUUAUCAACCCAAAAGUCACUGCAUUCAUUGGAAAUGGUGUUGUAAUUCAUUUACCAGGACUCUUUGAAGAAACUGAAAAAAACUUAAAGAAAGGAAAAGGUCUAGAAGGCUGGGAAAAAAGACUAGUAAUUUCUGACAGGGCUCAUAUUGUAUUUGAUUUCCACCAAGCUGCUGAUGGCAUCCAAGAACAACAAAGGCAAGAACAAGCAGGAAAGAAUUUGGGAACUACCAAAAAAGGAAUUGGUCCAGUAUAUUCUUCAAAAGCAGCUCGAAGCGGACUCAGAAUGUGUGAUCUUGUAUCUGAUUUUGAUGAAUUUUCUGAGAGAUUCAAAGUGUUAGCCAAUCAGUACAAAGCGAUAUAUCCCACCUUAGAGAUAGAUAUUGAAGGAGAAUUGAAAAAACUCAAGGCCUAUAUGGAAAAAAUAAAACCAAUGGUAAAGGAUGGUGUUUAUUUCAUGUAUGAGGCUUUACAUGGACCACCAAAGAAGAUUUUAGUAGAAGGUGCAAAUGCAGCGCUACUGGACAUAGAUUUUGGUAGGUAUAACCCUUCUGAGAUGCAGGUUGCUAUACAUUUGUUGUUGCUAUAUAUUUUAUAUACAUUUAAUCCAACUCUUCUGUGCAUACCUGUCCUUGUGGAAUAAAUGUUUUGUAUUCCA